AUGGCAGACGCGGAGAGCAAGUGCCCGGUCAAAAGCAACAUCGCCGGUGGCGGCACCAGGAACCGCGACUGGUGGCCCGAGCAGCUGCGGCUCAACAUCCUGCGCCAGCACACGGCCGUCACCAACCCGCUGGACGCCGACUUCGACUAUGCCGCCGCCUUCAAGAGCCUCGACUACGACGGCCUCAAGAAGGACCUGACCGCGCUGAUGACCGACUCGCAGGACUGGUGGCCCGCCGACUUCGGCCACUACGGCGGGCUCUUCAUCCGCAUGGCCUGGCACAGCGCCGGCACCUACCGCGUCUUCGACGGCCGCGGCGGCGGCGGCCAGGGCCAGCAACGCUUCGCCCCGCUCAACAGCUGGCCCGACAACGUGAGCCUCGACAAGGCCCGCCGCCUGCUGUGGCCCAUCAAGCAGAAGUACGGCAACAAGAUCUCGUGGGCCGACCUGCUGCUUCUCACGGGCAACGUCGCGCUCGAGUCCAUGGGCCUCAAGACCUUCGGCUUCGCCGGGGGCCGCGCGGACACGUGGGAGGCCGAGGAGUCGGUCUACUGGGGUGGUGAGAUGACGUGGCUGGGCAACGACGUCCGCUACGCGACCGGAUCCGAAGGUGUGGCCGAGCCCGGCGUGCUGGUGUCGGACGAGGACCCCAAGGACAAGAUGCACUCGCGCGAACUGGAGAAGCCGCUGGCAGCCGCCCACAUGGGCCUGAUCUAUGUGAAUCCCGAGGGACCCGACGGCAACCCCGACCCCUUGGCCGCCGCCGAGGACAUCCGCGUCACCUUUGGACGCAUGGCAAUGGACGACGAGGAGACGGUCGCCCUGAUUGCCGGCGGCCACACGUUCGGAAAGACGCACGGCGCGGCUCCGUCUGACAACGUGGGCAAGGAGCCCGAGGCGGCCGACGUGGAGCAGCAGGGCCUGGGCUGGAGCAACAAGCACCGCUCUGGGAAAGGGCCUGACACCAUCACCAGUGGCCUCGAAGUCACCUGGACCAACACGCCAACCAAGUGGAGCAACACCUUCUUCGAGUACCUUUUCAAAUUCGAGUGGGAGCUGACCAAGAGUCCCGGCGGCGCACACCAAUGGGUCGCCAAAGACACCGAGCCCACCGUGCCCGACGCCUACGACGCCGACAAGAAGCACCUGCCGACCAUGCUCACGACCGAUCUGGCACUGCGCUUCGAUCUGGAAUACGAGAAGAUCUCGCGCCGCUUCCUCGAGCAUCCGGACCAGUUCGCCGACACGUUUGCGCGCGCCUGGUUCAAGCUGCUGCACCGCGACCUGGGCCCGCGCGUGCGCUACCUAGGCCCCGAGGUGCCGUCCGAGGAGCUCCUCUGGCAGGACCCCGUCCCGGCUGUGGACCACCCCCUGGUCGACGACAGCGACGUAGCCUCCCUCAAGAAGGAGAUUCUAGCGUCCGGCGUCGACGCUCACAAGUUCGUGUCGACGGCCUGGGCUUCGGCCUCGACCUUCCGCGGUGGCGACAAGCGUGGCGGGGCCAACGGCGCCCGCAUCCGCCUGGCUCCGCAGCGAGACUGGGAGGUGAAUCGCCAGCCGCAGGUGGGCGAGGUGCUGAGUGCGCUCGAGGACGUGCAGAAGCGCUUCAACGGCGCCCACACCGGUGGCAAGAAGGUCUCGCUCGCCGACCUGAUCGUGCUGGCGGGAAGCGCCGCCGUCGAGAAGGCCGCAAAGGAUGCCGGGCACGAGGUCACUGUGCCCUUCAAGCCCGGCCGCACCGAUGCUUCGCAGGAGCAGACCGACAUCGGCUCUGUCGACCACCUGCAGCCUGUGGCGGACGGCUUCCGCAACUACGGCAAGUCGACGUCCCGCGUGCGCACCGAGGCCUUCCUGGUUGACAAGGCGCAUCUGUUGACGCUCUCGGCCCCGGAGAUGACGGUUCUGGUCGGUGGCAUGCGCGCGCUGAACGCCAACUACGACGAGUCAUCCCACGGCGUGCUGACGAGCCGCCCGGGCCAGCUGACCAACGACUUCUUCGUCAACCUGCUCGACAUGAGCACGGCGUGGAAGGCGACGGGCCCCGACAGCGAGAUCUACGAGGGCACCGACCGCAAGUCCGGGGAGAAGAAGUGGACGGCCACCCGCGCCGAUCUCGUCUUUGGCUCCCACUCUGAGCUGCGCGCUCUUGCCGAGGUGUACGGCAGCGCCGGCGGAGAGGAAAAGCUCGUCAAGGACUUUGUGGCUGCGUGGGACAAGGUCAUGAGCCUGGAUCGGUUCGAUCUGAAAUAG